AAUCUAAAUGGUGCUUAAAAGUUAAAACCAGCCCUCUUUUUACAAAAAUAAAAAAUAAUAAUCCGUUCAUAAUUGUUUUUUUCUAGGGGAAAAACAAAGUAGUGGUAGUAGAAGAAGAAACAGAGGCAUAGACAGAGAGCCCUUUGGUUGAAUCACUAACCAGAGGGUGGUCGAUUUCUUCCAGGAAGGAGAGUAAAACCCAUCAAUCAAUUUCCCUUAUCUAAUUCAAUCAUGUCAUUUUUUAGGAUUGAUAGUCCUCUCCUUCCUGGAUUUAGUUUUUCUCUGCAAAAAUAUAUCUUGUCACGCUUGUAAAUGCAAUUGUGUGGACUCCUUCCUCCCUGGAUCUCUCAUCUUUUUGCAUGCAUGGGAGCAGAGGUUGUUUUGGAUGCUGUGCUAAACCCCCCACCCUUAGUGAGGCUGAUGCAACAUCAAAGGGACUGAGAGGUCAAGAACGAUCUGUAAAAAAUUCUAGCAUAUCGGACGAUUUCUGGAGCACUAGUGCUGGUGAAAUGGAGAAUAGCGCAGUGCAUUCCCAGGGAAGCCUUUCAUCAAUUAGCACAUUAAACCAGCCGCUUGAUCCCUGCUGUAAUGCUGGAAGCACUAGCAACCCUCCUGAAUUUGUUAAUCGUGGUCUUCUUCUCUGGAAUCAAACAAGGCAGCAAUGGCUUGGAAAUAAAAAAACUCAGAACAGGACUCAAGUUCGAGAGCCCACGAUAAGUUGGAGUGCCACCUAUGAGAGUCUACUUGGGAGUAACAGGCCUUUUUCUCGACCUGUCCCUCUUGCUGAAAUGGUGGAUUUUCUUGUUGAUGUCUGGGAACAGGAAGGCUUGUAUGACUGAAUAAGCUUGGAUAUUCUUACGGAUCCUUUUUCUUUACUCUUUUGAUUCCCAUAUAGUUCUUCAGUGCAAAUAUAUUUACAGGUGCUUAUUUUUGUUCUUUUGCUGUUUUCAAACCUUCUGGGUUGCCCAGAAAAGAAAAUGUAUAACUGUUAGUAUUUUCAACGAGCUCAUCUGCCUUCUGCCAGAGCACCAUUACUUACUAGUAACAGUUCUCCUGAAACCUAUCAAGGCAUCACCAUUGUACCGCGCCGGCAUUCAUGUGGCAAACUUUGAUCUAAUUUAUGGAUUGCUUUUUUUUCUUGAACAA